UUCAGUCUGUCCUCUGAAGCGCUCUCCUACUCAGGACCCUACCAAACGUCCACAACACACUUUGAAAGAGCGUGCUUUGCACAGCCCACAACUCACCUGUUCUCUCCUAACGGCACAUUGAGUUUUGAUGCAGAAUGCAGACGAACUGUUGCCUCUCCGCCCUACGGCACUUCGGAUGAGGACACCGGGCAAGGACACUACGGCGCCGCCGCUGCUGAUUCGGAGCGGCGAGAACCUUGUGAGCGGUCGCCCCUUCAAAACGUCCACUUUGGAUCCUACCUUGCCGGGCAUCUGGAUGACCAUUCUUUUUCUAACACGUGUGACUCACUGUUAGCAGAAGGCGAGCCUCUGCAUCUUAAUCACACAGCACAGAGGACUUCAGCUCAUUGACAUUACAGUCAGACUUUUCUGAAGCCGCUUAAUUUAUUUAUUUACAUUGCGGUGUAUUGUAGCCUACAAAAAAAAAAACAAACAAAAAAAAAAAACAGGGAUACACAUUUCACUUCUCAUUUAAGGGUGUUAAACUCACCCCAGCCCAUUUGGGAACAGACUUUGGAUCUUUAUAUUUUUACAAUAUUUCUGGAUUAUUAAUUGAAAUCACAUAGGUGGUAUCAAUUUUUGUCCACAAUGAGUUUUCAAUUUGGAGAGUGGGUCAUGUUUAUUGCUCAGAUGAGUCUGAGUGCGCCGCGGAAUACGAAUUAGGUGUUCAGCACCACCGAUUGCUGGGAGAGGCUGAAAAGGAGCGCAACGGAACACAUCAGACACAUCCCACCAAGACAAAUGCCAAGACCUCACAUGUUGAACAGGACUCUUCAUUUGAUCUCAAGUAAUACUAUCCAAAUCUAAUAAAAUAUCAACAGGUUAAAGGCAGCACAGAGACAACACAGCUUUUUGCCACUACUACAGAGUUGGGAUGUAUCUUUCUAGUUUAUUUUUCCUCUUCUUAUGGGCUGAAGCCCUGACAUUGAAAAACUUGAACUACUCUGUUCCGGAGGAACAAGGACCAGGAACAGUAAUUGGCAACAUUGCGAAAGAUGCCAGACUUGGACUGGAACAGAAUGGGCAGGGAGGGCAGGGAAAGAAAGCUAACUUCAGGGUGUUGGAGAAUUCAGCACCCCAUCUCAUCGACGUUGACCCCCAGAGUGGACUACUCUUUACAAAGCAGCGCAUUGACAGAGAGACAUUGUGUAAGAGAAACCCAAAGUGCCAGCUCUCAAUGGAAGUGUUCGCUAACGACAAAGAAAUCUGCAUGAUUAAAAUAGACAUCCAAGACAUUAAUGACAACUCGCCCAUUUUCCCUUCAGAUCAGAUUGAUAUUGACAUAUCUGAAAAUGCAGUUCCAGGGACGCGCUUUCCUUUGACGAGCGCACAUGAUCCAGAUGCAGGGGAAAAUGGCCUGAAAACCUACCAGAUAACACGCGAUGACUACAAUCUUUUUUCUUUGGAAGUAAAAUCUCGCGGGGAUGGGACCAAGUUCCCAGAAUUGGUGAUUCAAAGACCACUGGACCGGGAAGAAAGAAGUCAUCACACUCUCAUAUUGUCAGCCACUGAUGGUGGGGAAUAUCCAAGGUCAGGCACCAUGCAAAUAAAUGUUAAAGUUAUUGAUUCAAAUGACAACAGCCCUGUAUUUGACCAGCCCUCUUAUGUUGUUGAAAUUCCUGAAAAUGCACCUCCUGGUAAAGUCCUGAUCGAUUUAAAUGCCACAGAUCCUGAUGAGGGCAACAAUGGACAAGUAGUCUAUUCUUUUAGUGGCUAUGCCCCAGAGAGAAUCCGGGAGCUGUUCUCAAUAAAUUCCAGAACAGGGGUCAUAAAGAUUCAGGGUGAAAUAGACUAUGAGGAGAGCCCUGUUAUUGAGAUUGACGUCCAGGCAAAGGACCUCGGACCCAAUCCGAUCCCAGGCCAUUGUAAAGUGACUGUUAAAGUGCUAGACAGGAAUGAUAACUGGCCCUCUAUUGGCUUUGUGUCCGUAAGACAGGGAGCCAUCAGCGAAGCAGCACCACCAGGCACUGUUAUUGCACUGGUUCGUGUCACAGACAAGGACUCUGGCAGGAAUGGGCAGCUUCAAUGCAGAGUGCUGGGUAAUGUCCCUUUCAAACUAGAGGAGAACUACGAUAACUUCUACACGGUGGUGACAGACAGGCCACUGGACAGAGAGUCACAAGAUGAGUAUAAUGUCACCAUUGUGGCCAAAGACAAUGGUCUCCCGCCUCUAAAUUCCACCAAAUCCUUCUCUGUAAAGAUUUUGGAUGAGAAUGACAAUGUCCCCCGCUUUACCAAGUCAGUUUACCUCCUCCAGAUACCAGAAAACAAUAUUCCAGGGGAGUUCUUGGGGUCAGUUCUUGCCCAUGACCCAGAUUUAGGCCAGAACGGCACGGUGUACUACAGCAUUAUUAACUCCAAUGUGAGUGGAGGUGAUGUCAAUACUUAUGUAAAUGUGAAUGCCGCCAAUGGAGCCAUAUAUGCAGUAAGGUCAUUCAACUAUGAGCAAAUCAAAUAUUUUGAUUUCAAGGUUCUUGCCCGAGAUGCAGGCUCACCACACUUGGAGAGCAACGCUACAGUGCGCAUCAGCGUUCUGGAUGUCAAUGAUAACAUACCGGUCAUUGUUCUACCCCUUCUGCAAAAUGAUACUGCUGAAAUCCAUGUACCACGCAACGUUGGUGUUGGCUACAUUGUGACCACUUUGAGAGCAGUGGACAAUGACUAUGGCGAGAGUGGGAGGCUCACGUAUGAGAUCUCAGAUGGGAACGAAGAGCACCUUUUUGAUAUAGAUCCAGUGACUGGCGAAGUGCGAACAGCCCACCCUUUCUGGGACAAUGUAAAUCCCACUGUUGAACUGAUCAUCCGUGUGUCAGAUCAUGGCAAGCCAACCCUCACUGCUGCUGCUAGGCUUAUCAUUAAAGCCUCCAAUGGACAUCCUGCUGAUGGACUGCUGCAUGUCGAUGACAAUCAGAACUGGGACAUGUCACUGCCUCUCAUUGUAACUCUCAGUAUAAUAUCAAUCAUGCUUCUGGCUGCCAUGGUCAUCAUAGCGGUCAAGUGCAAGAGGGAAAACAAGGAGAUACGAACCUAUAACUGUCGAAUUGCAGAAUAUUCCCAUCCGCAGCUGGGGAAAGGCAAGAAAAAGAAGAUUAACAAGAAUGACAUCAUGUUGGUGCAGAGCGAGGUGGAGGAGCGGGAUGCCAUGAAUGUGAUGAAUGUGGUAAGCAGUCCUUCCUUGGCCACUUCUCCCAUGUACUUUGACUACCAGACACGCCUGCCACUCAGCUCACCAAGAUCAGAGGUCAUGUACCUUAAACCCACUUCCAAUAACCUCAGCGUGCCCCAAGGCCACGUGGGAUGCCACACCAGCUUCACAGGCCCAGUCACCAGCAUUACAGACACACCUACUAACCGCAUGUCCAUCAUACAGACGGACAGUUUCCCCACUGAGCCUAAUUAUAUGGGAAGUAGACAACAGUUUGUUCAGAGCAGUUCCACAUUUAAAGACCCAGAACGAGCGAGCCUCCGAGACAGCGGCCAUGGUGACAGUGACCAGGCUGACAGUGACCAGGACACCAACAAAGGCUCCUGCUGUGACAUGUCUGCAAAGGAAGCGCUUAAAUUGAAAGCUACAGGCGUUAGGCCGCCUCCGUUGGAACAAGAUGAGGACUGUUUGAAUUGCACUGAGGAGUGCCGAGUCCUGGGUCAUUCUGACCGCUGCUGGAUGCCACAGUUCCCAGCAGGAGGAAACCAGGCAGAGGGUAUUGAUUACCGCAACAACAUGUUUGUGCCAGCAGGGAUGGAAAGCGUGCCAGAGACAGAGACCUUUGAGACUGUCAACCCCAAUGGCAAAAAAACAUUCUGCACAUUUGGCAAGGAGCGCCGUGAUCACACCAUCCUCAUAGCAAACGUUAAGCCCUACUUAAAGGCAAAACGGGCCCUCAGCCCACUGCUCCAAGAGGUUCCGUCGGCAUCAGUGAGUCCAGUCAAGGGGUGUUCCACCACUUGUUCCUCAGUUAAGAGUCCGGCUGAUGGGGCUGAAUGCAAACCUCCUCUUGCCACCUGCUCCGGCUAUUAUGGCCCUCCUGAUGGCCAGUACCUGUCGCCCACCAAACAAACCAGGGAGCAGGGGGUCUACCCAACGUUGCCUCCUUCAGACCCAGUGGCCAAAGUGCUUGCUGAAGCCCGCUCCAGAAUCACUCAAGAAAGCAGAGGAGAAAUGGAGUGUGUGCUGGAGCAGGUGGAGCCUGAUGUGAGCCGUGAUGGAAUGGAUGCUGACCAGGUGGUCAGAGACAUUGACAAGCUUUUGCAGGACUGCAGAGGAAAUGAGGCCACUGGCACCCUGAGGAAGUGAUUCGAAAGACAAAACAAAAGGAAGAAAGAACAUUGAUUGUGGAAUAAGAAAAACUCUCAUGCCAAAACUGCUACCAAAAGUAAUACAAACAUUUCAAUUUCUCCUGUUUUUCUUCUCAUGGUAUGCAAAAAUACCAACACUAUGAAAACAUUUACUGAAUCAUUUGAAAGCAGUUGAAAUGACAAACUCCUUACCAAGAAAAAAAAUAUAUACUGGCACAUCUAAAACCUGCUGAAUUUCUACAUUCCUUGUGUUUCUGAUUUUCAAGAAAAUAGCAGAGGAUUGAACCUCUGGCACCUCACAAAAAUAUUAUCUAAGUGCCCACCAGCUCAUGAGUUUGUUUUUCGAAGUCUCUCGUGAAAUCCUACAUCUGUGUUUGUAGGUGAAUUUCUUUUAUGGGAUGGCCAUAGACAAUGGAAAAGGAAAGGACUUGAAUUAUGUCAGACAUGACAAUCUGUGUGAUGACAGACAUGGAUUCUAGUAUUGUGACAGUAACUGGCCAAAAUACACAAAACAACCUUACGUUUGGUGACUUUAAUGUAAGUGUUUAACAUGAUGGAUUAUGUGCAUAAACAUGCCGGAAUUGGUAAUCAGACAUUUGAUGGAAAGAUUGUGAUCUUUUUGAACUGCUUUGGAUUAGAGGGGACGAAUGCUCCGCUGAACGAGAAUUUCAAUGUAACCAUGUUUUUCCGCUACCAUUUGUAGCCGCGUGUAAGCUGUGUCUGUCUCACGCUUCUAUUCAAACAUUCAUGAUGCUGACCGGUGUCGUCGCACGCACCACUUCUAUCACACACACACACACACACACACAUACACACGCAAAGACACUGGCCACUUGUGUAAUUGUCGUAUACAUGUACAUCAUCAGUUUUCAGUCUUUUGUGUACAGUGAAUUUCCAAGUGUGUGGCAACGCCUUAAGGCAAUCACGAGUUGUAUAAAAAGGGACACUUUUCCUCAACUGUGAAAAAAUUCUCUAUAUAAUUAUAUAGAUGCCUAUAUGUAAGAUUCCAUGUAUAAUGUCCGAAUAACAAAAUAUUUAUAUGUUUUUACAUUUAAAAAACAAAAAAAGAAAGAAAGAAAAGAGGAAUCUCGGCAAAAAGUAAGUGUCCUUCAGUUAAGGCCAAGCGUGGGGUAAGAACUCAGAAGUACAAAUGAGACUGCCUCUGUUUCGAUGAGAAAAAAAUCCAAAAAAGAAUAAAGGAAAUGUCCCUUCAUGUUAUCACUAUACACACGCUCAUCAUAUGUGUAAAUGUAUUCAAUUUAGAUGUGUCAACAUAAAAAAAGACAUAUUUUUAUUCAUUUUAUUACAAUUUCUGUGCAUUUGAGCCAAAUUGUUAUGUGUACAAAAGCUAUAUUGUGUAUUUUAUGAAAUUAAUAUAUAGUUGUGUUGCAAUAUACAUGGGCUUAUAUUGUAUUUGGCAAAAGUUGCCUUAGUAGCUGUCGAACUCUGUGAGUUUGCGUUAGUUUGGGUUUUUGUUGGUGAUUGGUUUUCCUCCCUUUUCUGCAUCGAGUGGCUUCAACGCUUUUGAGAUAUUUUCCCUGAGAUUCAGCUGUAUUUACCACAAUAACCUUUGAAAGCUUAAUGAGCCAUCUAGCAGAUUUAUAACACAACACAAAACUCACCAACAACAAUAACAAACACACAAGAAAAAAAAGCAAAGACCACAAAAUAGCUAUUGGUAUUUUUUAAGGAGCCGAUUUUUACAGGGCAGCUAUUUACUUUAACCAGAGCUAGUAUGCACAUUUUUGUGUUCAAUAUGUUU